AUCAUAACCUAACCUAAUAGUUUGUUUUGAUUUUGAAAUUUUAACAAUUUAUAUUUUUAUUUUUGUGCUCAGCAUAUGUUCAAAACUUUAUAUUUAAGCGAUUCCUUAUUUCAGAAAAAAAAAUUGGUUUUAACACCAUAACUUUACGGCUUAGAAAUGUCUAAAACCAAGCCAAUGGUUACUAAAGAAAAUGCUAUCCAAGCUGUUGUGGUGGCAGAUACUUUUGAGGAUGAAUUUGUUCCCAUUACUAAUGAUAUCGCUUUGUCAUUAUUUCCCUUGGUCAAUAAACCUUUAAUUGAUUACACACUAGAGUUUCUGUCCAUUGGAGGGAUUGAAGAGACUUUUUUGUUUUGUUGCAACCAUGUAGCAGAAGUUAAAGCAUAUUUAAAUCAAUGUAUACAAGAUGCAGUAGGUUGGACUCUAACAAUGAAAGUUCAGAUUAUUGUCUCUGAGAGUUGCAGGUCAUUUGGUGAUUGCUUAAGAGACUUGGAUGCUAAAGGCCUUCUAAGGGGAGAUUUUGUUCUUUUAGAACCUGGAGUAAUCUCCAACAUAUAUCUGUUACCAUUGCUAAAAAAACACAGUGAUACCUGUCAAUCAGACAAGGGAGCAGCAAUGACCUUGAUAUUCCAGGAAUGUGGGUUAGCUCAUAGAAGUUUGUGCCCACAGGAUGAAACCCUUAUAGCAAUUAAUAAUAAAAACAGGAUUUUAUUUCAUAAGAAACCUAGAAAAACUGGUGACAGAAGAGUUGAAUUCCCUUUAGAAAUUUUUCUAGAGAACGCAUCCCUCUCAAUUCAUCAUAACAUAAAAGACACACAUAUUGCGAUUUGUUCCUCAUCAGUGCUUCCCUUAUUUUCUGAUAAUUUUGAUUUUCAAACAAGGGAUGAUUUCAUAAGAGGUCUGCUUAUGAAUGAGGAAAUUAUGGGAAGUACUGUGUAUUGCAAUAUUUUAAAAGGUAGUGACUAUGGCGGUGCCGUACUCAACUGGAGAAGCUAUCAAGCAUUGAGCUUAGAAUUAAAUAAUAAAUGGAUACAUCCCUUGAUUCCAUCAUCAAAAAGUGAUACUUGUUACAGAAAUCGACACGUUCAAGAAGAUUCAACAGUUUCGGCUUCUGCUAAACUCUCCCAAACUUGCCAUCUCGAAAGAAGUAUUAUUGGCCCAAAUGUGACGAUUGGAAACAAUGUUAAAAUUCUAGAUUCAUUUAUUUUUGAAAACGCUCAUAUUGAAGAUGAUGCAGUGGUUUCUUUAAGUGUUAUUGGGUCAAAUUCCUUAGUUAAAAAGGGAGCGAAAGUUACUGCUGGAACAGUCUUGGGUAAAGGAGUGAUAAUUGAAGAAAAUUUAUUAGUUGAAAAUUCACUCGUACAGGCGAAAGAUCCUGAAGAUGGAUUGAAGGAGGAUAAACUUGGACAUAAUGCUUACAGGCUUCGAGCUGAUGAAGAUGAGGAAGAUUUAAACAUAGAUAAAUUAUUAGCAGGAAGAUUGUCAAGACUGCACAUCCAUGAAGAUCUGUAUGAAUCAGAAUACGAAAGUGAAAAUGACUUUAGUGAAUCAGAAGAUGAGCUGUCUCAUACAAAUUCGCCACCACCAGAUGAUACCAAAUUGUUCUUUUCCGAGGUUAUCGAUAGCUUGACUAGAGGUUAUGAAGAUAAACUGUUAUGCGACAAUCUUAUUUUAGAAAUUAAUUCUUCUAGAUAUGCUUAUAACGUGACUGUUAAAGAGGUGAAUUUUAAUGUAAUAAAAGCCAUUUUAAUCAUGUCUCACAAAAUUCCAGAUGGGCCUCAGUAUUUUAAUGGAUUUUCACAACUGUUAGCCUAUUUUGCUCCCAUUUUAAAGAAUUAUAUUAAAAACGAGAGCGCUAUGGCUGAUUGCCUUCAAGCAAUAGAGGAUGUGUCUAUUAAUAGCGAUUUAAAAGAUAAAUGGGCGGUAUUUAGUUUAAAGUACCUGUAUGAAAAGGACUAUUUGACUGAAGAAGCGAUUUUAAAAUGGUUUUCAAAGGUAGAGAAAAACACUAAAUUUCACAGUCAGGUGAAACCUUUUGCUGAUUGGUUGCAAGAAGCUGAAGAGGAAGGUUCCUCUGAGGAAGAGUCCGAUUAGAUGAAUUAUUUUUUACAUAGUUUUUAGUAUGCCAUAUUUUUGUUUAAAAUAAUUAAAAAUGUCCUAUUAACCAUUUUAAA